GGAAGCUGCUUUCUGUGUCUGCUCGACUGGAAGCGUGACACUGUGCUCGUGGCCUCGCUGGAUGUGAAGAUUACAUUGCUGCUCGCGAUGCAGCAAGCUCCCCUCCGGCUGUCCCAGACAUUAUGGUCCGCUUUUCGAGCCGCGAAGCCCGUCCACCGAUCCCUCGCAUGUCCCCGUCAAUUCUCGACCGUGGUGCGUCCAAGAGCGCAGCCAUGGACCCGCCAUCAGCCAGGGAUAGCUGUUCGAGCUCGGUUUUAUAGCGAGAAAAAGACGGACAUUAGUCGAGAGAUAGAGGAUGCGAAGGAUCGAAUAGGCGAGAGCCUCGAUUCAAGAGCAGAUGCCGCGGCGCAGAUGCCACACAAGCUCAAGCACCCUCAGGAUGAAACGAUUGUCCACACCAUUCCCGAGUCCUCCUCAAUAGUACAUACCUCCAAACAUGAGGAACACAAGGCCCCCGAUAAACCAGAACCAGCGCAGCCCUCCAGUUCUUCCAGUAAACCCCUGCCGUCCGCCAUCUCCUCUCGCUAUACCGAUCUUCAACAACGCUUUGCCCAUUUCAUGGACAACUUCCAAACCCACGUCUUUACGGCCUCUCGCCGCCUCAAUGACCUAACAGGCUAUUCAGGAAUCGAAACAUUGAAAGCUGACAUUGAACGCCAAGAGUCUAUAGUACAAGAAUGUCGUGCAGCAGUGAAGGACGCUCGGGCGCGGUAUAGCGAAGCCAUUGCUAUGCGUAGUACCACGCAACGGGAAGUCAAUGAUCUGCUGCACAGAAAGCAUACGUGGUCGCCCGCAGACCUGGAGAGAUUUACCAGUUUAUAUCGAUCCGAUCACGCCAAUGAGCAAGCCGAAGCCGCUGCGCAAAAGGAAGUUAGCGACGCAGAAGCCCGGUAUGAGGAAGCGUCUACCAAGCUUGCGAGGGCUAUAUUAGCUCGGUACCACGAAGAACAAAUCUGGAGUGAUAAGAUAAGGCAGAUGUCUACGUGGGGCACGUGGGGAUUGAUGGGAAUCAACGUGUUGUUGUUCCUCAUCUUCCAGGUCGUCUUGGAACCAUGGCGGAGGAAACGCUUGGUCAAAGGCUUCGAAGAGAAGGUGGAGUUGGCACUGAAAGAAAAGGAGGAAGAGACCAAAAUGGCAGUGGUACAGCCGAAUCAGACUAUGGCGGAAGCUGCAGCGAGCAUGACGGCCGGUGAGAAAGUCGAGGCGGUGGCGGACAACAUUGCGGAACAGAUUGUUGAUGCUGUUACGGGUUCAACAUCGGACGAUAAAGCUCCAACGCCACCUCCCUUAUCGAAAAUCGAAGCAGCCGUCGAUACUGUAACAGCACACGAACUCGAGAUUGAAGAGACAGUGCCUGCAGGCACUGCGGACGCUCUUCUCUCUUCUGUCAUGGCUGAUACGACGCCAUCACAGCAGCCCGCCAAUGGGUUCCCACGCUGGACAUCUCCCGACUCCCGCUUCGCAUGUUACGAAGACUCCCUGAGGGCGCUGUUCAGUGACGACCACAAGAUCCUCGUGUCGCAGAGGGACUUGACCACCGUGGCCAUGGAGGGCGUCGCUGGCGGCAUGGCCAUCAUGGGCCUCCUGUUUGUGCUCCUCCGGCCGCGGUAGUGUACUAUCACGUCUCUGCACACCCAAAACUAACCCAACAACUUCUAGCGGGUUAAUUGGAGCUAGGACGCAGAGGUCGCCUAGCUUGUUGUAUAUAUUCCGAUCCACCUACCCCAUCGAUCUAUGAAUUCGUCCGUCUAUGAUUGGGACUGCAAAACACCCACCCCAUGUUCUGUAGAUAGCACUACUCCCAGUGUUUCCACCCGAGGAGGCGGAGUCAGUGAACGAGUGUAAUGUACGAUAUAGAGAAGAAGGGAGCCAGGGUAUACCAAGACCUCUACAGCUUGAAGUUUUGUUUCUGA